AUGGAUGAGAAAAACAUGACUGCAAUUACCGUGAUCCACCUAUUAGGGUUUCAGACUUCAAAAAAUGUAACAUUUGUGGUCUUCUUUCUAUUUCUUAUGUUUUAUUGUACAACAAUAUGUGGAAACCUCCUGAUCAUCAUUAUGGUGUCCUACAGCAAAACCCUCCAUUCUCCCAUGUACUUCUUCCUCUCCCAGCUGUCUGUGUCAGAUAUGUUACUAAUAACGGAUGUUGUCCCUAACAUGCUCCAUGCUGUUUUAGAAAAUACUACUAUAAUGACAGUUUCUGACUGUAUCACCCAGUUCUAUUUCUUUGCUGCCACGGAAAGCUUGGAGUGUCUUCUUCUGACAGUGAUGUCUUAUGACAGAUAUUUGGCCAUUUGUAAACCAUUGCAUUAUACUUUGUUAAUGAACCAUCAGUUUUGUUUGAUAACAGUUAUCACUAGUUGGAGUUUCAGUUUUCUAUUAGUGCUGAUUUAUAUUUUAACCAUAUCCAAAUUGCAGUUUUGUGGCCCCAAUGUUGUUGAUCACUUCUUUUGUGAUCUUGACCCGAUCCUACAACUCUCCUGCUCUGACACCACCAUUGUUCAACUAGAAGCCACGAUACUGAGUGUAAUUUUUGGUGUCAUCCCAUUCAUUGUCAUCAUUGUAUCAUAUGUUUAUAUCAUAGUCACCAUUUUUGAAAUCCCAUCCAUCACUGGUAGACAAAAAGUUUUCUCGACAUGCAGUUCCCAUUUGACUGUUGUGUUCAUUUUUUAUGGGACCAUGUUUUGUGUAUAUUUAGUACCAGGUAGAGGACAGUCGUUGAACAUUACUAAAUACUUUUCGUUACUGUACACUGUACUCACCCCACUAAUGAAUCCAAUUAUUUACAGCCUGAGGAAUAAAGACUUGAAAAAAGUUGUGAGAAAAAUUAUCAAUAACUUGUCUUUCUAA